UCUGUUACUGUGCCAACGCAUAGUGAGGCCACAAGUACCUAACUCCCAGCUAAGCUUUUGGAACUUAGAGUUAAGCAGUUACCUUCCUCCAACUAUAAUAUCUCAACCAAUCAACACCCUUCUCAAUUUUCUCUCUCUCUCCAAUAAGUGUUGAUUUUUCCUAAAUAAGGGAAAGUGUAGUUGCACCUGUUUCUGUUUACCACUUCUGUGUUCACAGAAUUUUGAGUUUCUGAGGAGAAAAAUGACAGAAGAGCAACCUAAAACAGUAGAGUCAGAGACAGCACCACCUGCUGCUGAACCUGUUCCUGUUCCUGUUCCAGAGGCUCCAAAGGAUGUGGCUGAGGAGAAAUCUGUGAUUCCAGUGCCCUCUUCUGAUGACAAGCCUGAUGAGUCCAAGGCUCUUGUCUUGGUUGAGAAGACUCAAGAAGUUGCUGAAGAGAAACCAAGUGAGGGUUCUAUAAACAGAGAUGCUGUGCUUGCAAGAGUUGCAACUGAGAAGAGGUUAUCACUGAUCAAGGCAUGGGAAGAAAGUGAAAAAUCAAAAGCUGAGAACAAGGCACAUAAAAAGCUUUCAGCAAUUUCAGCAUGGGAAAACAGCAAGAAAGCUUCAGUGGAGGCAGAACUAAAAAAGAUUGAAGAACAAUUGGAGAAGAAAAAAGCAGAAUAUGCAGAAAAGAUAAAGAACAAAAUAGCUACAAUUCACAAGGAAGCUGAAGAGAAAAGAGCAAUAAUUGAGGCGAAGAAAGGAGAAGAUGUUUUGAAGGCAGAGGAGACAGCUGCAAAGUAUAGAGCAACUGGAACAGCUCCAAAGAAACUCCUAGGAUGUUUCUAAAGCUUCAAACAUAAAACACUGUCGAAAACAAAAAAAUGUUGAUUAUUAUUAUUGUGUAUCUUUGACCAUUAAAGUAUCAUGCAUGAAAGUGUGAGUUUCUUUAGUAUAUAUGAUGUUGAUUUAGUGAUGUUCAUUUAUUAUGUGUGGAAACCGACACAUUGGCCUGUAUAUAUCAACUACUUUGUGGAUAAACACAUUUAAUGAUUCAAUCUCUGCAUUAGUUGCUUCUGCCAUCAA